ACGCGCGACAGCACAGAGCACACACCUGCGCAGCCCAAACACAUCCCACACAUCCCACCCACAAAUUACAUCCACAUCUACAUCACAGGCACAUCACAUAUACAUCACAUCUAAAUCACAUCUACAUCACAUAUAGAUUACAUCUAUAUCACAUCUAUAUCGCAUAUAGAUCACAUCUAUAUCACAUCUAUAUCGCAUAUAGAUCACAUCUAUAUCACAUAUAGAUCACAUCUACAUCACAACCAUAUCACAUCUACAUCACACCUACAUCACAUCUACUUCACAUCCACAUCACAUUCACAUACAUAGAUUCGCACCAUCUCGAGCAAAAAUGGCCACUUCCGGUUCGAUCCUGGUCGCCAUCUUCCUGCUGAGCGCCACCCUCACUUCCGGCCAGCAGAUCAAAGAGACCGCGCCCACAGCGCGAUUACUGGAUCGCUUCGAUAACCGAUACCCCGACGGCAGCUAUGAGUAUCGCUUCGAACUGGACGACGGCACAGCGCGCUACGAGCGCGGCUACUUCGCCAAGAUCAACGAUGUGAAGACCCUGAUGGUCGUGGGCUACUACGCCUAUCGGAUGACCGACGGGCGCUACAUCACCGUCUUCUACAAUGCCGAUCAAUUCGGCUAUCGACAGAAUCAGUCGAUCACGCCGCAGGAGUAUCCCAAUCUGCCGCGCUCCAUCGAGGUGCCCAUGGUCAGCGAGGCAUCCUCGGCAUCCUCGACAUCCUCCACAUCCGAUGGCUCCUCCAGUUCCCAAGCCAGGCUGGAGGCCCAUGGCAACCCCGCCAUGACGACGACGACCACGCCCCGGGGGGCGGGCACAAAUCGCAGGGGCCGCUACUGAGAGUCCGUAAUUGCCCACCAUGCCCAUUAUUAUUACUAUGGCUCCUUGCAUCGUUUUCUUCAUUUUUUUUUUUU